UACGCGGAACGACAAGGUAUGGCAAGUAAGGCUCGCAAAAGUUUUGGAUCAAAUGAAGAAAAAUCUACGCAGACACAUAAGACUCCAAUAAAAAAAGGUCAGAUGUUAUGGUUAUGGCAAAAUAUGGAAAAUAUUAUGAUUGCGAAUCAAAGUUUAUUGAUACAAGCUUUGGAGAAAGCCAAUACACACCCAUCAAGAAAUGCUCGACAGAGUCCAACUGUUACUUCACCAUUGCAUAGUUAUAUAUCAUACAAAAGUGUCCUGAUUUCCGCGCCGACAAGCAUGAAGAACAUAGCCAAUAUACUCGUUAAGUAUUACUUUUUUGGUGUUUUGUUGGUAGCGGACGUGUCUCAAAGGGCAAUAGUCUUUUUGGAUGGGGUUGCGAUCUGCGUUCAACCACCCAACAUCCUUGGUUGCGAUCGGAGAUGCUUGAGUUGCGACUCGGGUGGUUCCGUCCUGCUGAAAUGUGUUCAACCACCCAAUAUUCCUGGUUGCGAUCGGGAAUACUUGAGUUGCGACUCGGGUGGUUGUUCCUGA